GUGGUGGGCGUUAACGAGCUGUACGGUUUGAGCACGGGGAACUCGCAUUAAACCCUUUCCCGUGACACGGUCUGUGGGCUCCGUUCCUGAGGCGGGCCCGGGCCGCCCGCCAUCAGGCCCCCGGAACUACAACUCCCAGCGUGCCCCGCGCGCCGCGCGCGGCGAUGACGCGCGGCUCCCGCACCUCCCGGGCGACGGCGCCGCGGGGUGACAUGGCGGCCGUGCGGGAGCGGCGGUGAUGGGGUGGAGACCGGCUGGACUCGGCGUCGCUGAAGGAGCUGCGGGACCGAGUGCGGCCGGGGCGAGGGAGAAGGCACGGAAAAGUGCUGCCAUUUGUCUUCGAGAGGGCCUCAGGCUGGCCAUGCGUGACUUGUGAAAACGUAACUCAUCCUGAAACGCAAUGUCCCUGUUGUUCACUCGUUCCAACUCAAUAGUUGCAGUGAAGAAGGAUAAAAGACACAUGGCUGAGGUAAAUGCUUCUCCACUUAAACAUUUUGUCACUGCAAAGAAGAAAAUCAAUGGUAUCUUUGAACAGUUGGCUGCAUACAUCAACGAGAGCUCCUCAUUCCUAGAAGAAACACACAAGAAUGCAGAGCUCGAUCCUGUCACCACAGAAGAGCAGGUACUGGAAGUCAAAGGCUACCUGUCAAAAGUCAGUGGUAUUAGUGAAGUGUUGGCAAGACGACACAUGAAAGUUGCUUUUUUUGGGAGGACAAGCAAUGGGAAGAGCACUGUGAUAAAUGCCAUGCUGUGGGACAAAGUUCUUCCCUCAGGAAUUGGACACACCACUAAUUGCUUCUUGCGCGUAGAAGGGACAGAUGGACACGAGGCUUUCCUGCUGACUGAAGGUUCAGAGGAAAAGAAGAGUGUUAAGACUGUAAACCAGCUGGCUCAUGCCCUUCAUCAGGAUGAACAUCUGAAUGCUGGCAGCCUAGUCAGUGUAAUGUGGCCCAAUUCCAAAUGUUCUCUCUUAAAGGACGACCUGGUGCUGAUGGACAGCCCUGGCAUUGAUGUAACCACAGAGCUGGACAGCUGGAUUGACAAGUUCUGUCUUGAUGCUGAUGUAUUUGUCCUGGUGGCAAAUUCUGAAUCAACAUUGAUGCAAACUGAGAAGCAGUUCUUUCACAAGGUGAAUGAGCGUCUAUCUCGACCCAAUAUAUUUAUUUUAAAUAACCGUUGGGAUGCAUCUGCCUCUGAACCAGAAUACAUGGAAGAGGUGCGCCGGCAGCACAUGGAGCGGUGUACUAGUUUCCUGGUGGAUGAGCUGGGUGUGGUGGAUCGAGCCCAGGCAGGGGAUCGAAUUUUCUUUGUGUCUGCAAAAGAAGUGCUGAAUGCCAGGAUUCAGAGGGCUCAAGGGAUGCCAGAAGGAGGUGGAGCAUUGGCAGAUGGAUUUCAAGUAAGAAUGCUUGAAUUUCAAAGCUUCGAGAGAAGGUUUGAGGAAUGCAUCUCACAGUCAGCAGUAAAAACAAAAUUCGAGCAGCAUACAGUGAGAGCAAAGCAGAUUGCGGAAGAUGUUCGUCUCAUCAUGGACUCCGUGCACGUUGCUGCCCAGGAACAGCGAGUUUACUGUCUGGAAAUGCGAGAGGAACGUCAGGAUCGUCUAGGUUUUAUUGACAAACAGCUGGAGCUCCUUACUCAAGACUACAAGAGGAAAAUCAAGCAAAUCACUGAAGAGGUGGAGAGGCAGGUGUCAAAUGCAAUGGCAGAAGAAAUCAGACGGCUCUCAGUGUUGGUAGAUGAAUACCAAGCAGACUUCCACCCAUCUCAAGUAGUUCUUAAAGUGUACAAGAGUGAGCUGCAUAAACACAUCGAGGAAGGCCUGGGCCGUAACAUGUCAGAUCGCUGCUCCAGUGCUAUCACAACUUCCCUGCAGGCAGUGCAGCAAGAAAUGAUAGAUGGUUUAAAACCCCUCCUCCCAGUCUCUGUGCGGGGCCAGAUAGACAUGCUAAUUCCCCGGCAGUGCUUCAUGCUCAGCUAUGAUCUGAACUGUGACAAGCUUUGUGCCGACUUCCAGGAGGACAUAGAAUUCCAUUUCUCUCUUGGAUGGACGAUGCUGGUGAACAGAUUUUUGGGACCAAAGAAUGGUCGUCGGGCCUUGAUGGGCUAUAAUGACCAGGUUCAGCGCCCCUUAACACCAGCAAAUCCCAGCCUGCCUCCUUUGCCUCAGGGCUCUAUGACCCAGGAAGAACUCAUGGUGUCCAUGGUGACUGGACUGGCCUCUUUAACUUCCCGAACUUCCAUGGGGAUCAUCGUGGUUGGUGGUGUGGUCUGGAAGGCUGUGGGUUGGAGACUGAUUGCUCUCUCUUUUGGCCUUUAUGGGCUGCUCUAUGUGUACGAGCGCCUCACCUGGACCACCAAGGCGAAGGAGAGAGCUUUCAAGCGGCAGUUUGUGGAGUAUGCUGGGGAGAAACUGCAGCUCAUCGUCAGCUACACGGGCUCCAACUGCAGCCACCAAGUCCAGCAAGAGCUAGCUGGAACGUUUGCUCAUUUGUGUCAGCAAGUGGAUGUCACACGAGAGAAUCUUGAGCAAGAAAUUUCUGCCAUGAAUAAAAAAAUAGAAGUUUUGGAUUCACUGCAGAGCAAAGCAAAACUGCUCAGGAACAAAGCAGGUUGGCUUGACAGCGAGCUCAACAUGUUCACACAUCAGUAUCUGCAGCAAAGCAGAUAGUGUGAGAAAAAGAGAAAAACAGCAGUUUCCCUUCAGUGCCCUCUUAUUUACUGCAGAGAACGUGGUGGGUGAUGGAAUUCCCUAAAGGGAAUGAGCAAGAGCAUAUUGCUGUGUUUCCAGUUGCUGUGUGAACAGUAGGAUUCUGCUUCCCUGUUCUGUGUCCCACCUCUAAACACUACCUGUUAAUAACUUCUUUUUCCUUGUGAGACCAGGCUACUUCAGGAGGAGUGUGUGCUUUAUACAUUUACAGGGGGCUUUUACUGUACUUCAUAUUGCUUAAAACAAUUUUAAAGCAAUCAAGCAAAUGUCUUUCAGGUUAAAUGUUAUUCUGACACAUCUUUAUGGAGGCAUUUGUUUUACUUCAUAAAGACAGAACUUUUGACUUCCAAGCCCCAGGUAGACGUAUGUGUGACAAGCAGUUGUUUGCCUAAACACAGAUCCCACGCACACAGACAUGAUGGUGGUUUCACAAAGCAUUUAUAGCCCACACAGGCUUGUCUCUGAGGUUAACAUUCCGUUGUUCUAGAGCAUAACAGAAAAUCACAAUGUCACUGCAUAGAAAGGUUUAUUGCUCUCAGGAUGCUUAAACCUGUGAACAAAACCCAGUUCUCCUCUGGAGCAAAAGGGAUUAAGAUUUUCCUUUGGUAAGCUUAGUGGAUUUGGAGUUAGUUUCUUCCUCUUCAGAGCUCGUUAGUAACACAGUCUGGCUUAUUUCCUGUCAUGGACAAAUAGUUUGCAAAGACAGAACUAGUUCCUGGGAAGGAGAUAGUGCUGAUAAUUUGGCAGCUUGUUGAAGAAGAAAACUAGGGAAGAGAAGCCAGUUGACACAAUGCAAAGCACUGCAUUAUGAGCUCUGUUGAUGAAUGUGGGGCUUUUUUUGGAAGAGCACAGCUGUCUUUCUGGAAGCAGGCCUGUGGAAUUCCAUUACCACUAUUUGGCCACAAGAACAGCAUGUGGAUUACACGCUGUAAGAGAUGUUGCUUCAUGUAGAGUUCCCACAGGAUGUACAGUCUGGGCAGCAAUAGGAUUUGAUAUGUUUCUCUUCUGUUAAAAGUAUUAGAACAUGCUGGCAGGUACAGCUCCUCUGGGGUGGGGGGAGUUGUGGCUCUUGUAGUUCAUGCCAGGGCAAGAAUGACUUAAAGCAAUUUAGUUUUUUUAAUACACUCUUUAUUUGCAAAUACAUGAAAUUAAUUGUUGAGUUUUGCCCUGAUGCAUUUGGAAUAUAAUAUAUGGGAAUUGUAAGGACUUGAGUCUCUUCCAGUUGGAAUUUGCAGAGAAGAAAUUCUGGCUGAUUUCAGGAGCUUGAGUAGGAUUAAGUUCCUCUAUUGCAAGCUUCUUUUUCUCCUUGUGGGUCAGUAUUUUGCCAUGUGUUGGUUAUAAUCUUUCUGUUGCCUACAAAAUGUCUGAGGAAUCCAGAAUCAGAUCUUGUAGUUGUGAGGUUAGUGACAACCUGUACCUCUUCAGCAUCACACACACAGAAUAUGGGCUGUCUUUGAGCAGGUCCCAGCUGAAUUCAGAACUACUGAGCAGUGGGGUGUUUUUCAUAUUGACAAAGAGACUUUUCCCUUGAAAAUGGCUUUAGGAUUUCUCAUUCAUGCUCAGGUGUGAAUGUAUGUGCCUGUGAUAAGUCCCAUGUUUUUCAUAGCAUGGAACUUCCAGAAAGAAGCUGCCUGAUACUUGAGAGAGUAAAAAUAGUGAAAUGUCAGUAAGUACUUCUUAGGUAAGGCUGUUCUGAGAUUUGCAGAAACACUUGAGGUAUCUUCAUUGUGUAGGAGCUGGUGGUGAGACAUCCCUAGAAUGCAGAAAGGAAACAAACCUUUCCCUUCCAGUAGAAAGCUUUGACUCCAACUCAGACCGAAAAGCUGUUUCUGUCAGAAGGUUUUUUUGACCUUGACUGGGUUCCUCAGACAUCCACCAGGAUGGGAAUAUAGAUUUGAUCAAAUCUGAGAACAAGCAAGGAAGAAGUUAGAGUCCUUGCUUUUGGAAGUGGGUACUCUGAGCUUGAGGUGAAGUAUAUUGGAGUAAGUGGAAUAAUCUAGUCUUACUCUGCUGCAGGUCUUGGUUGAAUAAAUUUGAAUCUUUAGUCUCUCAAGCUGUCACAUACACAGCUAUAAUAAGCUAUGUUCUGUUCUAUUGAGUUCAAAUGCUAAGCACGUCCCUAAUACUCAAGGAUAUUGUCAAUUCCAGGUCAAGGCAGAGGUGGUGUUCUGCUGCUCAGCAGCUCAUGACUACUUGCUUUUGAUGAGGUAGUGUUCUCUUCAGCUGGCCUUUUAGGGGAAAUCUGAUAAGUGAGCUGAUCUUUAAGCCAGUGUCUUAUCUGUGAAGGGAAAAGAGAUUGAUGGGUUCUUAGAACCCAGUGUCUUGCUGCUGUGUGUGUGAUGCUGCUCAGGCCCUGGUGCUGUUGACAUUCUCACUGCAGAGCUGAAGCCUAACCUACAGAAUGGGGGAAAGAACCUCUUGAACUUUUUCAGAAGCAAAACUGCUAACAUAUGUGGGUGUAAUCCUUGUCCUGGAAGCCCAAGAGAUUGAGAAUCAAACAGGCCUUGUAAGCUGGAUUCCUCUGAAAAAAAUUACAGCUGUACUUCUUUAAUUGAGAGUGGUGGAGGAAUGAACACUAUCAUGAGUUUGUUCUCUUCUGAUUUUUGUAAAGAAUGCUAAACUAUUCCUUAAAACAGGUAAUUCCAGAAACAGUCUUCCCCAAACUCCCAUUUAAAGAAGGUCAGCUAAAUGCACUUUUAUCUGAUUGCUGCUACUUACUUUUCCUGUUGCAUUAUGUUGAUGGAGCUCUUCGAAAUACUCUUACCAGUGAGUUUUCUCUCUGCUGUAUUUAAGGUGAUAAAUUUGCAUGAGUUAGUCCUGUAACAGUGCUGUAAAAAAUGGAAACCAAAAUAAAAAUGAAUUGGAAAAACA